UUCGCUCCCUCGUUAUCCCGAAGGAUCGACGCCUCUUUCCUUCCUGCCCGUGGUUUCCUUCUCAACCCAGAAAACCCUAACCCGUGUCUCCCUCUCUGUCCUCUCCUCCUCUCUUCUCCUCUCCUACUGGAAGCCUUAUCUGCAAGAAAACCCUAAAUAAUCUCCAUAUCUUUCCAUUUAAUUUCUCCUUUGCGGGUUUACGCACGAAGCCCUAGCUUUCGCCCUUCAAAAGUGCCUUCUUCUAUCGAAAUCUUUCCCUCUCUCUCGUGCGAGGCGUACCAGAUCGACUUGGUUUGGCAACUCAUCCGUCCGAUUGGAUCGGUCCACUGUGCGAUUGAGUACCCAAUUAUCGUCGACGCUGGAUUUUUUGGGUUGACGCGGCGGUGGAAGGCGGAGAUUUGUGCAUCGAUCGUGUCGGAGCUGUUGUUUCCUGGAAUCCCUGAUGUCGCUGUGGAGCAGAUAGUUUUUUGCGUUCGCAGGUGAUCGCGGAGAGUUUUGAGGCAUUUUGGAGGUCGUGGGUUCAGGUUGUUGGUUUCCAGAGGCAGGUUUCGGCUACGGGCUGCGCGAGUGGAGUUUCUGAUUGCGUGUUCCUUGAAUUUUCCAAAGACGUCGUCGGGGAGACGCUUGAUUCUUGCAUCGAUCUUCUCUGAGUUGCUUAUUUUUGGCAGAUCGUCUGUGUUUGCUUCGCGCACGUCGACCCCGAGGAGGUUUGCAGCAACUUCGUGGUGGUGGAGGCGUAUCUUGGUAUCUGUAUGAAAAAGUCUUCAAGAUUUGAUUUCGAGAUCGAUGCUUUCCACUUUCUCACCGCUCCUUGAGAUCGGCGGUCAGGGAGUUAGUUCCUUUGAUCUGGCGUCUCGAAGAUUUGAUUGAAGAGUCUGCUUCCUGAUUCUCUGGGGAAGCCAAUUGCUUGUGCAAGCUCUUACCAUAUGACGCAGCGGGUUCUCAUCAAGAAGUGUGAUUAUCUCUGCUGGUAUUCUGAUUUGGUGGGUCCUUUUUGAGGUCCUUUCCAGAAGAUUGGACAUCAGGCGUUACUUUUCUGUGCUGUUGGAAGAAAUUGGAGGCAUCCAAGUGGAUUCUUGCAUCUGUUUGUUGUUCGACGGGUUUAAGGAAAAGGAUAUAAUAAGUUGUAUCUAUCAUUUUUUUUAGCUUAAUACCAGGCUACUUUUGCCUUUUCCAUUUUUGCUCUUUUAGGGCAAUUGUUCUAUAAGCUUCAUUAUUGUGAUUUUUAUUUGAGAAAGAAAAGGGAAAAGAAAAAAAGCAAGAGAAGAAAGAAUAAAGGAAAAAAAACUAAUGGCUAUAUAUUUUAAGUUUAAGAGUGCAAAAGACUAUGACUCUAUACCCAUUGAUGGCCAUUUCAUAUCCAUCGGGAAUUUGAAAGAAAAAAUAUUUGAAUCCAAGCAUUUGGGCAGGGGUACGGAUUUUGACCUCGUGGUGUCAAAUCCCAACACUGAGGAAGAGUAUCUUGAUGAAGCAAUGUUGCUGCCAAAGAACACAUCUGUUUUGGUGCGCCGAGUUCCUGGAAGACCUCGCAUGCGAAUUGUAACUGAAAGAGAAGAGCCGAAGGAGAUGGACAGCCAUGCAGAUAAACCUCAACAACCUAGUAGUAGUCUUCAGCUUCCUGACCCUUCACAAUCUAAUUAUCCUGAAGAUCCAGAAUGGGAUGAAUUUGGAAAUGAUUUAUAUGCCAUCCCAGAAGUCCCCCAAGUUCAACCCAAUCAAGUUCUGGAGUCUAUCCCAAGCAGAGUUGAGGAAGAUGGCAAAAUCAAGGCUCAUAUAGACAUGACUGACAUGGAUUGGCAGCGGCAAUUGCAGGAGGCGUCAAGCUCAGGAAGAGGAUUCAGGCGGGGUAUUGGAGGGAGAAUGAUGCCUGGGCGUGGUUUCGGUCGGGGUGGGAUGGAAUCUAAAACACCUCCUCCAGGUUACGUAUGCCAUAGGUGCAAGGUUCCUGGACAUUUCAUCCAACAUUGCCCUACAAACGGUGAUCCUAAUUAUGACAUUAAGAAAGUCAAACCACCAACCGGCAUCCCUAAGUCAAUGCUAGUAGCCACUCCUGAUGGCUCCUAUGCUUUGCCAAGUGGCGCUGUUGCAGUUCUCAAGCCAAACGAGGCUGCCUUUGAAAAAGAAAUUGAGGGCUUGCCUUCUACCAGGACUGUUGGUGAGCUUCCUGCUGAACUGCGAUGCCCAUUGUGCAAAGAUGUGUUGAAAGAUGCUGUCUUCACUAGCAAAUGCUGCUAUGAGAGCUUCUGUGACAAAUGUAUAAGAGAGUACAUAAUCACACAAUCAAAAUGUGUUUGUGGAGAAACCAAUGUUCUUGCGGAUGAUCUGCUUCCUAAUAAAAGGCUUAGGGAGACCAUUAACCGUAUCUUAGAAACAAAAGCAACUAGCAGUGCAGAAAAUGGUGGAAACGUGCUGCAGAUACAAGAUAUGGAAUCUUCUCGCUGCCCUCAGCCAAAAGCACCAUCUCCCACUCUUUCUGCUACUGCAAAAGAAGAGAGUUUGCAACCCCCUGUGAGAGAAAGUUCUGAAGCUUUGAAGGUGACUGUGGCUGAGAGUGAGGCAGCUGCAGCCAUUAGCGCUCCUCAGCAGUCUAACGAAAAAAACAAAGCAGCAAGAAGUAUUGAUCAGACUGAGGCUACACAUGACUCCAUUAGCAUUAAGGAUCCAAUUUCUCAGGAAAGUGCUCUGCAAGCAGAGGAGGAAGUCCAACAAAAGCUCUCUAUGGGAGAUCAAGGCAAGAAGAAGAAGAAAAAGAGACUCCGACCACCUGCUAAUCCAAUGGAUAUGCAAUGGAGAAAUUCUCAAGAUUUUGUUCCUGAUAACUCGCUUAUGCAUGUUGGACCUGCUGCAUACAAUGGAUAUUGGCCUGGAAUGCAGUUUGGCCUGGAUGGAUACAUGCCAUCUUAUGGAGCUGGUAUGCCGUAUAUGGGUUACACCCCAUCUCCUUAUGACAUGUCUUUUGGAAUGUUACCUCAGGACCCGCUUGCAGCUUCUGGUUACAUGUUGCCGGUUCCUCCUCCGCACAGUCUCAGGGAGUUUCCGGAGUAUGGGAUUGGUGCAAACCCCAAACCUCCAUUGACUAGAGAAGAGUUUGAAGCUCGAAAAGCGGUUAUAAGAAGACAGAGAGAGUCUGAGCAGCGAAGUGAAAGGGAGAGUUCCAGGGACAGAGAUCGUCGCAGCCGGGAGUUUAACACUGAUGCUGAUGCUGAUGCGCAUUCAUCAUUGAAUAAGAAACCUAGGCUGAAGCCCCGGGCAGCUAGUCUGGAUCGGUCCGAGAGGGCAACCAGCCCCGCCCCGACCCGCGACUUGGACUCGGGUCGCCUGUCUCCAAGACCACCUGCGAAGCGCAGACCCGAGCCCGACGAUCCUCAGAUGUCCGAGCCCACGAUGGCUGACCGGAAGCAUAAAGCGAGCGUCUUCUCCCGCAUUAGCUUCCCCGAUCCCGGCGACACCAGCAAGAAGCGCAAGAGCCACGAGCCAGCGAACGGCUCGAAGGACGCCGAUGCCGCUCGCUCUCACCACGAUGAGCGGGGGAAGCAGAGCAGCCGGAGGUCGAGCCACGACCACGAUUAUGAGGAGGAGGACGACCGCCACUUCAAGAGGAAGGCUUCGUCGUCGCGGUACAAGGCGGACGAGCGGGAGUGGGACGAACACGAGUACGGGCGAGGCUAUGACCGUGCCCGGGAACAGCGAGAUCGAGACCGAGAAAGAGAGCGGGGGCGACCGGGUAGGCAUAAGUGAGGUUCAUGCUGUCAUUAGUUCUGCGUGCAACCUGCUUGCUGCGGGAUUUGUGUGGACAGAGUCCAUAAGAGGAGUGAUCUUUCACCUCGAGUAGGCUGUAGGCGUUGAGGCUGGUCCCUGUGAGUCUGUACCUGUAAGACGUCAGAUACAUACGAGCUCCUUUACAUCACAUUAUAUCAAAGAUUUUUUUUUUUUUUU